UGUGCCUACAUCCGGAUGCAACUCGCAGCAUGUUGCACAUACAGUAUCUUCUUCUCACACCAGCACGACGUUUAUCGGCAAACCGGUGUUGAAUACGUUAUUGAACUCUUUUCCGGCAAAGGUGUCCCUCAUAUCAUUGAAACAUGCGACACUUGUAAUAUGCACAACAAAAACAAUCGAACUAAGUAAUGUGCAACCAGACACGUUACCUCAUCUUUUUCCAAUACAUUGGAACUAAAUACAGUGGUGCAGUCAAAGUACCUCCACAUCAACUGGAGAGACAGGGGGUCCAAGAUCACUUGGAGGAUGCAAUAAGAAGACUGAGGCCACUCAACACAGUGUCUCUGUCCAUUUCCAGCAGGACAGAUAGGGGCGUCCAUGCUCUCUCUAACUCGGCCCACUUUGAUUUCCAGCGGAAGAAUGACAAGCCGCCGUUUACCGAGGAUAUCCUGGUUCAGGCGCUCAAUUUCCACCUCAAGGCUGAGCAAAUUAGCAUUACCCGUGCCUAUCGCGUCCCUGAUGAUUUCCACGCCCGUUUUCGAGCGCUCUCUCGGACGUAUGUCUACCGCAUUGGCCUGGGUGUCUCCCAUCCUUCUGAGCUUCCCCUCAUAGAGCGCGACAUGUGCUGGAAUCUCCGCCACAUGGAGCUCGAUGUGGAAGCAAUGAGCGAGGCGGCUGCCAUGUUGCUCGGGACUCACGACUUCAGCAGUUUCAGGGCAGUCAACUCUGACAUGCCUUUUAAAAACCCCGUGAAGACCCUGGAUGUCGCCAGGAUACAGCCUGGCAGAGCAUUUGUAUGUGAGCACUUCCACAGAGAGAUUCCAUUCUGGGAGUUGACUUUUCAAAGCAGAUCUUUUCUCUAUAAGCAGGUGCGCAGAAUGACGGGGGCCCUCGUAGCCGUGGGCCAGGGAAGUAUCUCACUUACUCAGCUGAAAGAGAUCAUGGAGGCUCGGGACUCUCUGGCUUAUCCACAGAACCUAGUUGCUCCUGCCCGUGGCCUCUUCCUCACCAGAGUGGACUACAGAGAGUCAGGUGUGGAUGGAAGGGGAAAAAACAACAACAAAACUGCUCAAUCGAACAGUGUGUCAUACAUUGUGGUUGACUUCUCAUUUUUUCCAUUAGAAUCAAUUAUCAUUGAAUUAAUACAUUACGGGGUCACACUAUCAGAAUUGUAAAACAUUUAAGAUCGUACUGGCAAUGUUUUAAGUAACACAAUCAAACUAUUGACUGAUAUACAAAUAAGUUAACCACUGUAUAAUAAAACUAAAUUACUACAUGCGUUACAUGUCAGAAGAGUAAACAGUUCACUACACAGUAAAACUCAGCAAAUACUCACUGACAUGCCAGGAGAAUUACAUGUUAUUCCUACCCCCCAAACAUGGCUGAUUCUGAUUCUGUGGCAUAUAGUCCCUUGUUCUUUGAGACGCCAUAUUGUACUGGGCAGCCAGGACCAAGAGGUGUGAAGCAAUUUCCUGUGUCACUAUAAGUUCCAGUUGUAAUGCUAUGGUUGCUUUCACUGAUAAGUUUUUUGUGGCGGCUUCAUGGAGAGAAAAAAAAAAAAAAAAGUUAAACCCACAUGCGGUGUCAAUCCUUUAGGCCCAUGGACCACAUCAAGCCCUGCGGAUAUUUACAUUAGAAACAAUUAUACACAACUGUAAGCUAUCUUCAAGUUGUCUUUAUCAUGGCUGAACUACUGUGGUAGUUAUUGUAUUAGAUUGCGAAGAUACACUUUAUCUGUUUGAGCGAUCUUUUGUCAUGUUAUGCUG